AUGCCGACCGACCAGAAAUCUAUCCAGGAGAUCUUGGACACCGUCGCCCUUCGCUACCGCGGACCAGGCGGUGCAGUCGCUGUCCUCAAGGAUGGCGAGGUUGUUGGCCAACGCGUUUGGGGAUGGGCAGACAUGAACGAGCGGAUUCCCCUUACAGCUCAAACCCAGAUGGCCAUUUGCUCCAUUACAAAACAAUAUGUCUGCGCUCUGCUCCUUGAUCUCGAGCGUAACCCGACACCAGAGAUGGCCGCCAAGGGAGACGUUCAGAAGCAAUUCACCGACGCGCUUGGUGAAAUCCAUCCGCCUGAACUUCUCCAAGGCAGUGGAUUAACUAUCCAAAACCUGGUCGAUAUGCAAUCUGGCUUGCGUGACUAUUGGGCUAUGACUACUCUCUGGGGAGCCAAGCCUGAUGACGAGUUCUCGGUAGCACGCGAUGGACCCCCCGCGAUGGAUCGAACGAAGUCUUUCCACUUCAAGCCCGGCACGGAAUACUCGUACUGCAACGUUAACUUCUACGUGGCUGCUCGAGUCAUUGAACGAGUCACUGGAGAGUCACUUGGAAGGCUGCUGACAGAUCGCGUCCUCGGUCCAGCUGGAAUGAAAACCGCCUUUUUAUGUGCCAACACUGCACAGCAUCCUCCUCCGUGUGUGGGUUACGAGGGAAAUGAGGUGAAAGGGUAUUUCCCCGCAGUGAAUCGGAUGGAAUGGGCCGGUGAUGCUGGCUUGGUUGCUUCUCUCGAGGAUAUGAUCGCCUGGGAAAAGCACCUGGAGAAAAGCUUUUCGGAUUCAAAAAGCUGGUACCAGACCGUCUACGAACGACAGACUUUCAGCGAUGGCAACCCUGCCUAUUAUCAUUAUGGCAUGGCGCAUGUUAAUGACGAUGGCAUGGAUUGUCUGGGCCACGGUGGUGCGCUCCGUGGAUAUCGUCUGAUGCGAUGGCAUGCACCACACGAGCACCUGUCCGUUGUUGUUUUGUUCAACCACGAGGCUAAUGCACCAGCGGCCGCUGAUGAUAUCUUGCGCGGUAUCUUGAACAAGCCCAAGAUGGAAACUACACCAGUGGCAACGAGCGCGGAUUGGGCUGGCAUUUUCCUCGACGACGAUACUCAACUUGCUAUCAUUGUGGCUAAGGGUUCGCGAGAGGGAGAAGUCCUUAUCACUUAUGCGGGCCAUCAAGAGGCCGAAAUCAUCAAGCUGACCGAUGCUACCAAUGGGAAAUCCAAGUCCAUGACGGCGACUAUUGAUGGAGAUAACCUGCGCAUCCAUCGUAUCAAGGAGAACCGUAAGCUUAAUGCUCGCCGUCUCACCAAAGACGAAGCUUCCGUCAAGAACACACCACUACAUGGUGACUAUGAGUGUACAGAGGUCCAAUCUACAUUCCACUGCACAGGCGAUGCAGGAAUGCUGUACGGAUCCUUUGAUGGAUACCUCGGCCGAGGACCCGCGACGGCUAUGCGAUAUCUGGCUGGUGAUGUCUGGGCUUUGAGUUGCCCACGUGGCCUAGAUGCACCAGCACCGGGUGACUGGACGAUGGUGCUUCGACGAGAUGAAAACAAUUCCGUGAUCGGGUUCACGAUUGGCUGUUGGCUAGCCAGGAGACUUGAAUUUGUGAAGAAAUAG